AUGCGUGGCUACCUGAAGGCCUGGUGGCUGCUAGCACCGCUGCUUACAGCUGCUCUUCCAACCGGACAAGAGCUCAAGGUCUCACACGCAUUAAUCAACUUCGAUAUCAACCCAACUUCAGAUGAAAUUAAUCGUCACGGAACUACUCUACGUCUUGACAUCCUCGAGUCGACGUCUCCGUGCGGCUACGGAAAUGUGACCCUUAGCGGUCAAUCGCUCGCGCAAGAUGAAAACGGUGCUGGGUCUGGGCCCGUCAUUACUGACCAUGGCAAUACCGUUCUUGCCAACUGGACCUUUAGUUGUGUACAUCUUGAAGACGAGUUUCAGGGCCAGCUGAUGACUUUUGAAGUUGUCUCUUUAGACGGCGAGGAAGCCCAUGAUGUUAAAUUUGUUGUUCAGUUCCAACAAAUGGCGCCGCCUUCUAUCUCCUCCAUCAAUGGCACGGUAUCUGUUACUGAGACUCCUAUUCCGGCCUCGGCCACGGACGAAAACUUGGUCAAGGAAACUUCAACACCUUUGGACAGUGAGCUGGCUGAGUUGAAAUCGAUGAUACGACAAUUUGCGGCACUUGAACAAGCAAUUUCUUCUAAAGUGCAGCAUAUCUCCGAAACUUACGACUUCAAGAGUCCUGAUGAAUUUCAUUCAUUUUGGAGGUGCGAUAGUCUGAAAUGCCUUGUGAAAACAAUGUACGGACGUGCGAAAUACGUAGCUAGCCGUCUCUAUGGGCACGGGCCUGAAGGAGGGAGGCAUUUUGGAGGCCGACCGAGUAGAUUCGGCUGGCGAUUUCGUCACGGCGACCGACCUCACUGGUUUCCACAUGAUGGCAGCGCUCAUGGGAACCAUUCAUGUCCGCAUCCGCGACCUCAUCCUCACCCUCCUCACCCCCCUCAUCAUCAACCUCCUCAUGGACCUCCUCCUCAUGGACCUCCCCCUCAUGGGCCUCCCUAUCAUGGGCCUCCCUAUCAUGAACCCCCUCAUUUUCACCAACCGCCCCCAUUCUGUCACUGCGCACCUCCACCUCCGCCUCAUGAAUUCUACGAAGAGCAACCGCCACACGUCCACCCAGCACCAAGUCAUCAAAUCCUAGAGGAUGACAUGACUCGGGAGAACCUUAGAUUAGGUGCUGGACCCGAUAAUAACAUGCGACCGAUCGGGAAGUUUGGCGAUGAUAAACUAGAACCACCGCCUCAUAUUAUUGUCAAUGGAGCCGAUUUAUCUCCACCAAUACCGGACCACCAUGACCAACCGCCGCAUCCAGAUUUCAGACCACAUGAAGGGACGCCUCCGCAUCCGCACCAUGGUCCUCAUUCUGAACACCGUGGUCCACCUCCUUUACCGGUCGUUUAUAUCGUGGCCGUAUUCAUCGUGCUUGCCUUACUCGUUGGCACUGUUUAUACGCGCUGUUUUUCCGCAUCUGGCAAAAGUCGACGUAGUUCCUAUACCGGGCGAUGCCAAACCCGAGAGGCUCGUCGUCAGUGUCGCCGCAAUGCCUGGGCUAACAGACGCGCGGCUAUCGGAACCAGGUAUUCUGAAAUCGUUGGGUGGCUGAGGGAAAGUGUAAGGCGUCAAGAGAUUGGGAAUGAGGAAAAGGAAAAGGAGGCCUUCAUGAGACAACUGGAUAGAUCUGGAAAUGAAGAGGAGGAUAACAUUUCUACGACGAUGGAACAGGAGAUUGCGCAGUUCCGUGCGGUUGCUAGCGUCGUGGGCGAUUUGGUUGCGGCAGAAGAGGGCCGUUCUCAUGAAUAUACCCAUCAGAGACAGCAGCACGUAAUCCCGGCGCCCCCUAGCCCGGCUUCGGCUUUCCCGGAUUAUGCAUCUAUUGACGAGGAACUCCCGGCUUACGACGAGGGGUCAAACGAUUCACGCUUCGUUGCCGAUGGGUUUAGAUAUACUCCUGGAUGUCCGUAUUAUACACCAAGCGGGUCGUCGACGACAGAAUCAUCGCUUUAUGAACAUCUAGGAAGAAAGGAUUAA